AUUUAACUCAACUAGGUCGUACUAACAUCGUGACCCAUCACAUUGAUACUGGAAAUACUAAAGAAAUAAAACAACACUAUUACAGAACUUCCCCCAAACAUGAGUCUUUCAUAAAGGAGGAAAUAGAGCGUCUCAAAGAGCAAGGACUUAUAGUACCUUCUCACAGCCCCUGGACUUCUCCUGCGCUUGUAGUUGGCAAGGCAAAUGGAAAAAUGAGACUUGUCAUAGAUUACC